UGUAUUAAUUAUUUUCCUUUUUCCAGAUUUUUCCUAGAGAUUUAAAACUUGUUAAAUAAUGGAGGAUGACUUCUUUAACGUGGAAUGUCAGAAACGUGGUUUAGAUUACAGCGUCAAAUGGUUAGCUGAAAUGUGCCACGGCCUUGCGGACGUGGAUAUUGACGGCGAGGAUGAAAAAGAUAAUUUCGGUAUUAAAAUGCUGGAAGGCAUAGCACCGAAAGAAUAUGAUAAUUAUUUUCUGGCUAAAAGUUACUUUGAUGUACGUGAAUAUGAUAAAGCUGCUCAUUUAGUGCGGAAUGCUAGCUCUCCAGUUCCCAGAUUCCUUCAUCUUUAUGCCACUUAUAUGGCAAUGGAGAAACGACGGUUGGAUUCGACCACGGAUCAAUUGAAUCUAAAUGACUCAGGUCACUUUAAAGACCUGGGUGAGAUUUUGGUUACUUUGCGGGCAGAGCAUUCACGAAAUAAUCUAGACGAUUACGACAUGUAUUUAUACGGUGUUGUGAUAGAAGAGCAAAAGCGACCAAGUCAACGAAAAAGAAUCGCAAACAAUCAGGAAACCAAUAACAAUUCCUUUUAUAUUAAAUAA